UGUGUGUGUUGACGCACUGAUGUCGUCUGCUGCUGUGUUGAUCAUGGAUGUGAUCAAGGCUUGAUACGUUAGCUGAAAGUUGUCGGAGAGCUCGCCUGCUGAAACUGGAGUUCGACAGUUCAGCGAUGGAUUUUCCCCAAUAGGUCUUCCUCACUUCAGAGGCAUCAUAUCGUUGAUUUACUGGAUCAUUCAGCAGCAUGUUUCAUUGCAAUGGGAUGACUGGUUAGUCAGUGUUUUUGGUGAAAUGUCCUGCGUGGAGAAAAUAUCUUAAUCUAGAGCUAAAAGCAUCCACAGUUGCCACUUUCACUGUAUCACAUCAGUGCAGUCACAAAGCCAUGGGCUUCUGUUCGCCUGUAUGCAAGAUUUUGCGGAGGGGAAAGUAUUUUGUACUGCUGCUCAUCUCGCUGUCAGUGCUGGCAUGGAUCACAAUUUUUUCAGGCGAGACAGUGAAGUCCGAUCAGGUUUCCUCCGGCACGACACAAACUCUAGUCCAAGGUGACAGCGCGAGGGAUACGCUCAGCGUUCGAACGGUGGCACCCGGUCGCGUCAGUACUACACCACCGAAAGUCGAAUGCCCUGAGGAGUCACCGUUGCUACGGGGACCUGUGAAGCUGUCAUUUGAGCCCUCUCUGAAACUGAAGGACGUGCAGAGUGACAACAAAGGAGUGACUGAAGGCGAGUAUGAGCCCACUGACUGCACAGCGAGGCAGAGCGUAGCAAUCCUCAUCCCUCAUCGCAGCAGAGAGAGACACCUCCUCUACCUCUUGCACCACCUGCACCCCUUUCUGCAGAGGCAGCAGCUACACUACGCCAUUUAUGUCAUCCAGCAGGCUGGUGAUGCAACUUUUAACCGUGCCAAGUUACUGAAUGUCGGGUAUUUGGAGGCACUGAAGGACUACAAUUGGGAGUGCUUCAUCUUCCACGAUGUGGACCUGGUUCCCGAAAAUGAUCAUAAUUUAUACGUCUGUGACAAGCAGCCCAAACACUUGGUGGUUGGCCGGAACGCCACAGGGUACAAGCUGCGUUACAAAGGCUACUUUGGAGGAGUCACUGCAAUGACCAAAGACCAGUUCCUGCAAGUGAAUGGAUUCUCAAACAUUUACUGGGGUUGGGGAGGAGAAGAUGAUGACCUUCGCAUCAGGGUUGAGCUGCAGAAAAUGAAGAUUAUAAGGCCGCCUGCUGAUGUAGCUCGCUAUACCAUGGUGUUUCACAAACGGGACAGUGGCAAUGAAAUAAACAAAGACAGGAUGAGGUUGUUAGGACGAACGGCGCAGGUAUGGAGAAGGGAUGGACUCAACAGCUGCUCAUACAAGACGUUGUCAUUAGAGAGGCAGCCUCUUUAUGUGAAUGUUACUGUGGACAUUGGUAAACCACAGAGUUGAAAUUUCCUGCUGGGACCAAAAAACAUUUUAUGAUCUAUUUUAUACGGUAUGUACAGGCCAUUGAGGGCAGAGGAGCGACUACAUGUGUACAAGAUACCAUAUAAAGCACACAAAAUGCACAUUGUUUUUGUAGUUUACAUAUUAAAAUUAAGUUCAGCUGGCAACUACAUAUUUGCACAUUUUUGCAUAUCAUGCUGCCUUCAUUUCUUUAUGUUGUUUCCAGCCUGCAAAAAACCAAAACAGAUUGUGUUUGGUCAAAGAAAUUAAUAAUAUAAUAAUAAUGUUAAUAAUAUUAAAUAUUCCUGAUACCUAAAAUGUUUUGCUAAAUCAUCCAGCUGUCAGACAGCGAUUUAUUUAUGCACAUGCCUUAUGAUUUUCCUGCACAGCCCACAUGGACAGUGUGUAUUUUGUGUGCUUCGUUCAGUGGAUGCGUUGAUUUUCUGAAAGCCCCUACAGAAACUGGUGUUGUCACUUUUUUUGCCUAAUAGACGCGUUGCACAGCAGACAAUUUGACUUGUCAAAGCCAGCAAAACACAGGUGAACGGCUCUGUUCCCGAUAACAGUGAAGAUGUACCAGCAUGCACAACAGCAGGAGUGGAAUCAUCAAUAUCAUUAACACACCUGUUCUGUGACAUGUCUUAAUGUCUGCUGUGCAACCAGUCCAUUAGACCUUCGUCUCAGGACCGUCUGGGAGGUAUAGACUGUGACUGAUUGAAUGAUUGAUCGAGUGAUGGGAGCCUAUAAGAUUAAGUUAAUGUUUAGGUUAGAUUCGAGCUUGGACUCUUCAAGGCCAAGGGCAGAAGGACAAAACAAACUAACAGAAACAGAGCCUUGGUAUACUUUUAGCUUACCAGUUUUUGGCAUUCUACAAUAGCCUAUAAAAAGUAAUCAACGUGAAUAUAUUAAUAAAAUCUUGGUAGAUAGCUGAGGUCUUAUCUAAAACUGGCUUUAAUUGCAGAACUUGAAUCAAAUAUUCUUUUUUGGGCCAUUUUCGCCUCUGUUGGACAGUUUGGACAGAAGAGAGGGAAAUGUGGGGAGAGGGAGGGUAAAUUACACGCAACAUAGGUCGCCGGCUGGACUUGAACCAGUGGCGUUGCUGUUACGUGGUGUAUGUGGUAACCAAGUCACUCUAAGAACCUUAACUGUCUUUGGUUUAACAAUGUUUGUGUCUUGAAAAGUACUUUUGUGAGCCAUUAUGAUAAGGAAUGAUUUUUUACACUGCACGUUCUUCUUAGGCCUUACAUGCUUGAUUUUUAAGCAGGAAAUAGUGGGUGACGGAUGCUUAUUUAUUACUUUAACAUUUAUAAACGGGGUCUAAUGAGAUUAAUCAAUAUAACUUUUUCUAACUAUUGUGUGUGAAGAAAAAAACAUUAUUAUACUUUGAUCAUUGCAUGCUGCUUAGAAAUGUGUCUCUGACUCAUAUCAAAUGUGUCAUAAAUUGUUUUUUAAACUUCAUUUAUAUUUUGAAGGAAGUAUAGCUACUGGUUUGUUAACCAUUCCGUAUGUUUUGUCUUUAGUUAUCUUACCAGCAAAUCCUACUUCUUACUAAACUGAGCAAUAUUACUAACGAUAAUGACAAACAUGGUUGUAGUUUACUUGAGCCACUCCUCAUUAUAUAUUCAUAUUCAUAAAUGCAGUAUGCUGUAGUCAAUGAGAGUUAGCGUUGUUAUAUACAUAUUAAAAACCAGAGUACAGGUUUUUUCUCUUUAUUUGAAUAUGUACGCCAUACGACCCGAAUGAAUUUCAAAGCGAUGCCAUAUUAACUCUUUGGGAAUGUCACUUGGUGGAUUUAUUUUGAAUGUUUGUAUGUUGAUUUGGAAUGUUUUGUUUGUGUUGAUGGGAGAUUUCACUUCUAAUUGGAUAUCUUCUCUUUAGAACGUGUAAUAAAUAAUAUUUUUCUUAUGAA